UCCAUUGAGAGUCGGCAGUUGGGUCGGCCUGUGUAGUCGAUAGUCUGAUACGGGCUUUAAACAGAUUGACACGUGUUUAUUUACUAUUAUCGUUACGACGAUAACAUCGUUACGACUGUAAAGCUGGUGGCACAUAGAAAAACUUAAGCAGUAAAACGUGAAAAGGCCACCUGAUAAAGGCCUGUAACGAGAAAGAAAGAGAGAGAGAUUUACUGUUAUAAAGUUCCGUCAUAACGUUGAGACGUGUUCGAACACGUUCGGACUUGGGAUUUUUUGGAAUAUGUACCUCGCUAUCUUGAUGAAAGGGCAAUAGAUAUAAGCUUGAAUCUAAGUAAAAUAAGAAGAAGAUUUACUGUUAUCAACAAAAGUAACUUGUCUGUGCUUGUAAAAUAUUAAAUAACUGGAUAGAACAUUUAUUUCGUUAACAAAAAUGUCAGAAGUUUACGAUGUUAAUUAUGAUAAGGAACACCCAAGAAAUCUUAUACCCGAAUUAUGCAGACAGUUCUAUCAUCUUGGAUGGGUGACUGGUACAGGUGGCGGUAUAUCUAUAAAACAUGAAGAUAAGAUCUAUAUAGCUCCUUCUGGUGUACAAAAAGAGCGUAUAUUACCUAAUGAUAUGUUUGUACAAGACAUAAAUGGAACAGAUCUAGAAUUACCACCAUCAGAGAAAAAAUUGAAAAAAUCACAGUGCACCCCACUGUUCAUGUGUGCUUAUUUAAGGAGGAAUGCAGGUGCUGUAAUACAUACACAUUCUAAAUUUGCUGUAAUGGCAACACUAUUGUGGGCUGGAAAAGAAAUUAAACUCACUCAUCUGGAGAUGAUAAAAGGAAUAUGGAAUCAAAAAGAGGAUAGAGCAUAUCGUUACGACGAGGAAUUAGUAAUUCCUAUCAUAGAAAACACUCCUUUUGAAAAGGAUUUAAGGGAUGAUUUAGAUAAAACCAUUAUUCGUUAUCCCGAAACUUGUGCAAUAUUGGUCCGCAGACACGGAAUUUAUGUAUGGGGCGACUCUUGGCAACAGGCAAAAACCAUGACUGAAUGUUACGACUACUUGUUGGACAUUGCAGUUCAGAUGAAACAAUGUGGAUUAAACCCAUUAUUGACUCCAAGUGAUUAUGAAUUAAAAUACCAAGCAAAUAACUCAGCAACAUUUUAAUACUAAGCUAAUUUUUGCAGAUAAGUCUAUUGUUUGUGCCAUAAAGUUGUAUAUAUCUAAACUAUGUACAUAUUUUAUACACUUGUAACAGAGAUUAUAUUAUAAAGAUCAAGAUAAAAAUAAAUAACGGUUACAAUCAUUA